AAUAUUUACGUUUGUUUUUCCGAUUGAUUUGAUUAGUUUUAAAGAUUUUUUUUUUUCGUGAAAAUGUUGAAAAAAUUCUAAGGAAAAACUGGGGUUUCCUCUCAGAAAAACCUAGUAAAACUGGUGAAAGACCAGUGAUUGAGACAACGUUCCAGGGGAUCAUGGAAUCCGACGAACCUAAAAAUGAAGAAGAAAAACAUCCAUCUCCAACUCCUACCCCUGCUCCAGUCUCAGUCUCAGUCCCUGACCCUGUACCAGUCCCAGUUCAAUCUCCAGAUCCAGUUCCAGUCACAGCAGCCCCAGUACCUGAACCGGUCGCUGAAAAAGAAGAAAGCGAUGUUGAAGAAAUGGAACGCGAUUCUGAAGAAUCCGAUCAGUCUGGUUCAGGAUCUGGGGAUUCUUCUGAAGGUUCAGAAAGUGACGAAGCUUCAGAACUCGACGAAGAAUAUGUUAGGCGAAGGCAAACAUGUCUCGAACAGAUGGCCGAAUUAGAGAAGCAAUAUGUUGAACUAUAUGACAUCAUUAUAAACGAGCGUUUGAAUCAAAUCUCAUUGAAAUUAACGGAGAUCAAAUGUGGUGAAGCGUCAGAGUAUUUACAACCUUUGGCAGAUUUAGAGGAAAAUAUGAGAAUUCGAUCCGAAGUUUCGGGUGUUUUGCGUCAGUAUAGGAUUAAAAACUUGGAAAAUCAGUACGAAGCUGAAGAAUUGACAGCCAAACAAAAUUUCGAGAACGAGAAAGAACUAUUGUACGAUUCGAUUGAAGAUGAAUUGAAGGAUAAAAUCAAACAUCUCGAAGAAGAUAGAAAUAACGUUGACCUAAAUGCCGAUCUAUGGAUGGUUGAAAGAGGUUUAGGCAAAUCUGGCAAAAUAACUAAAGACAAGAAGCAUAUUACUCAUCUUAAAGGAGGUAUUCAUCGAGAAACGGAGUCGAAUUCUCGUCGCAAACCUGUCACGGUAUCCGGACCUUAUAUAGUAUACAUGUUGAGAGAUUCUGAAAUUCUCGAAGAUUGGACAACUAUUAAAAAAGCUUUAUCAAAUUGCAAUCGUAAACGUAGCUGUCAGUAGUGUUUCACUCAAAUGUCAAAUUUUUUUUCAUAAAAUUCGCCUCCUGUUUACUCGUUUUUCUCUUUUUUUCAGAAUUAAAUUUAAAGUAAUGCCAAGUAUCAAAGAGAUAUGAAUGGAUUUUUUUUUUACAUCAUGAUCAGUUACCUCUCUAUUAUUCUUGAUGAAUUUUUUAUGAUUGUUAGCUCUCUUUUACUUUACAGUAUUUUUUACAUGUUUUUAUUGUCGUACAUAUUUAUUCAUUAUUUCAGCUAUGACGUGAAUGUUACAUUCCAAAUUUUGAUUGUUUUUUUGAUCAAAGGAAACCAAAUAUAAUCGACAACAUUUUUGUAGGUAAUAAUUUUCAAUUGUUAGAUACAAUAUACUUAAUUUUAACCUUAAAAUCAUCGUAAAGUAUUAAAUUAUUGAUUAAGUGGUAAGUUAUUGUGAAUGUUAUGUAUUACGUGUUGAAAAUUGAAGCCUAAGAUUUAAAUUUUUUUAAAAUAAAAAUGUUAAUGAACGA